GCGAUGAGUUGCAAUUGCUCGUGUCCAGUGUGAUUAAACAAAGCGAACGUUACAACGGAUUAUUCAACAUCUGUUUAUCAAACACAGCCUGUUUCCUCUAACUCAAGAGUUUGUUCAGUGAUAUGUCAGAAAUGAUGGGCAGGUCCAAGGACGACACUGGCAAGGACAAAGUGUCCGUCCAGAACAGAAAUGGGUUAAAAAAACCUUGGAAAUUUUGGAAGAAGGCCCCCCACGGUAAAGGGUUGAAGCCCAAUAAUUUAGAGGCUUCACAUCCAUCGCUGGAAGAAGAAGAAGAGCAGACUGGAAGAAAAGCAGACUCAGAUGAGACGUUGUCAUCCAGGGUAAAAAGAUCAGUGAGUGUGGUCCAGAAUAAUUUGAGAAGUCCCACGAGUUUUUUCAGUGGAAAACGACCUUCUUUGGCAGAUGGCAAGCAGCCUCCAGUCGUGAUCUCCACAUUUAAACAGCACGUUGACAAAAAUCAGUGGUGUGAGGCCAGCCAGCUGUUAAUAAACAAGGAGAAAAAUCUGUUUGGGAAUAUAACAGAGGAAGAGGAUCUUAGUUACGACAAAGAAGAAGAACGAAAGCUCGCUGCAGACUACGAGGCCCUUGAAAAGCUCGUAAUGGAGACCGUGGUGGAGACUCUGUCUCUCAGUCUUCAGGAGGUCGACGACAACAACAAGUCGGUGUCUGCUCAUGCCUCAGCGCUGACGUCCGCCGUGAAGGCCAUCAACCAGGAGGAGGAGCAGGACCAGAUGUGGAAAACCAGUUGUCCGAGGGUGCCUUCGUGGAGGCCCUGCAACUGGAGGAAGAUCCACGACACGACGCUUCACGUCCUGGUCGGGGGGCGUAUGGAUAGGCCCCAGACACCCACUAAUAACCAAGCGGAGCAGUCGUCCAUCCAGACCGACGUCCAGAACAUGGGCAGGCAGCUGAAUGACGACCUGCUGCUGGUGGUGAAGGUGGUGAAGAGCUGCUACCCCCCUGAGAUGGACAUCUGUAACUUUUAUGCUAAACUUUACCACCAAGUCUUCAGCACCAGACUCAGAAAGAUUGCAGACCUUGAACUGGAUGACAAGGACUGCGCCUUCCUCCUGCGCUAUGUGAAUGAAUGUUAUCCAAGCAUCUUUCAAGACCCAGAGCUGGCCUCAGAGAUCAAUGUGGAAUCGCUGGGAAAGCUGCUGCCUCAAGAGUUACUGGUACCUCUGGAGAAACAAUAUCUGGACAAUCAAGAGGCUCAUCUGAAGACUGUUAUGGAACGAAUUGUGGACGAUGCAGUGGAAAAGUGGAAAAAAGGAGAGGAGCCAAAAACAGAAGACGACUGCUACGUCAGUCCUGUGGCCUAUGACAUCAUCCAGUUGAUCAAUGGUAUGGUGAAAGCAGCAGAGGUAAUUGUAGGAGACCUGCACAAGGCCCAGGAAAUAACACGUCCCAUAUCAGACUCCAUGCAGAGGUACAAAGACUUUCAGGAAGACAUCAUCAAGCAGAACAAGCCCAACAGCACGGCGUUCAUUAAAGCAAACCUCGGCUGCAUUAAAGACUUCAGGGACGUCCUGGUCAAUAAGAGUCAUCUGUUCCAAGAAGAAGUACAGAGGAGCUGUUUGGAUGUGGUGACCGACAUGAAACAAUCUGCACACACGUAUUUACUGAGCCCUGUGCACAAAAACCUCAAGACACAGUACCAGAAGCUGGGAACGAAGGACUGGCUGAACAAGAACUCGUCUGAGAAGCUGCUGCUCAGCAUCGAAAAGGAACUUCAGGAGCUUCAGGGCCCCAAUCAGUCCUGUUACAAGGAGCUGAUCGGCCAGCUUCACCAGGAAGUGACUGAGGAAUACGUCAGGAGGCUGCUGAAAAGAAACGUCAAACUAAAGGACAAGGAUCGGCAGCAGAAGGCCUACGAGACUGUGAUAGACGAUGCAGAGAGUUUACACAACCUGUUUAAGGACAUGGGGUCACAGGACGACUGGUUAAAGGAAAUCCUGACCAAGAUUGCAGAAGUGCUGCGACUCCAGGACAUCCCCGCCAUGCAGAUGCAAAUAGCUGCACUGGGAACUGCUCAUCCUGACCUCAGUGAGGAACACAUCGCAGCUUUGCUCAAACUCAAGAACCUCAAGAACCAAGACAGAGAGAACAUCACAGAAACUGGAUUGGAGACUAUGAAAGAAAUAGGUGUUAAACCUGAUGCCCGGAAUUUUUUCUCCAGAGUUCCUCUGAAAUCAGAGGAUCAAGCAACCUGUUUUUGUUACAAGAUAAAAUCUCUUUGUAAAUUUUAGUUUUGGUGCUUUGAACCCACAAAGGGCAACAGACAUGUUGCUCUAAGAUUGCUUUUUUGUUUUCCAUCGCUUUGGUUUUGAAAACUACUUCACCUGCCAAGAGUGGUGAAGACUCUCUUUGGGGCAGGUGGCCGGCCUCGACCUCGCAUUGCUAAAGAAAAA